AAGCGCUGAUCGGUGUGUUACAAGGCGAGACUGGCAGCAAAUGAAUAGUUCUCUGCGGUGAUUGUUAUUUUAUCCUACCUGGGAAAUACUCAACCGAGAAGGAAAAAGUUGCUUUUGCUUGCUAUUAAAAGGUAUUGACAUCGUCCGCAGCAGAAUCACGGGAUCUACUGUGUGUUAUUAGGUCCCCUACCUGUCGUGGAUUAUCAUGCCCUUUCUCACGCAGGAGGCUAACGGUACAUUCUGAAGGUGCAGGAUGAAAAGAUGGCGCAGCUUCUUGUACCGCCGGGACCAGACAGCUUCCGCCCGUUUUGUCGCGAGUCUCUCCUCGCCAUCGAGAAGCGGAUCGCCGAGGAGAACGCCAAGAGGCCCAAGGGCGAGAGGCGGAGCGAUGAGGACGACGAAAAUGGCCCCAAGCCCAACAGCGACCUGGAGGCGGGGAAGUCGUUGCCGUUUAUUUACGGGGACAUACCCAAAGGCAUGGUGUCCACACCCCUGGAGGACCUGGACCCUUAUUACAGCAAUCAGAAAACCUUUAUAGUAUUGAACAGAGGGAAGGCAAUCUUCCGCUUUAACGCCACUCCUGCCUUGUACAUCUUAAGUCCCUUCAACCCUCUUAGGAGAAUAUCAAUUAAAAUUUUGGUACAUUCAUUGUUCAGCAUGUUAAUCAUGUGCACUAUCUUGACCAACUGUGCGUUUAUGACCUUGAGUAACACCCCGGACUGGGCCAAGAAUGUAGAGUACACAUUCACUGGAAUUUACACUUUUGAAUCUCUUAUAAAAAUUCUUGCAAGGGGAUUCUGUGUAGGGAAGUUUACCUUCCUGAGAGACCCCUGGAACUGGCUGGAUUUCAGUGUCAUUGUCAUGGCAUAUGUGACAGAGUUUGUGGACCUGGGCAAUGUCUCAGCACUAAGAACGUUCAGGGUUCUCCGAGCCUUGAAAACUAUAUCUGUCAUCCCAGGCCUCAAGACCAUUGUAGGAGCCCUGAUCCAGUCAGUGAAGAAGCUGUCGGAUGUCAUGAUCCUCACAGUCUUUUGUCUAAGUGUCUUCGCACUCAUAGGGCUGCAACUUUUUAUGGGUAAUUUAAGACAAAAGUGUAUAAAAAUGCCCCUCCCCAAUAUGACCCUGGACCACGGGAUGGGAGACUGGAACAGCACGGGGGAUUUCAACGGCACAGACUUCAACGCCACGAAGCCAUUCAACUGGACAGACUACAUCAACGACGAGAGUAACUAUUAUUUCUUACCAAAUCGGAGAGAUGCGUUGCUGUGUGGAAAUGGAAGUGACGCUGGGCAGUGCCCGGAGGGAUUCUCCUGUAUCAAAGCAGGCCGUAACCCGGACUACGGAUACACCAGCUUCGAUACCUUCAGCUGGGCUUUCCUGUCUCUCUUCAGGCUGAUGACUCAGGACUACUGGGAGAACCUCUACCAACAGACCCUGAGGGCUGCUGGAAAACCCUACAUGGUCUUCUUUGUGCUGGUGAUCUUCCUGGGGUCCUUCUACCUGGUCAACCUGAUCCUGGCUGUGGUGGCCAUGGCGUACGACGAGCAGAACCAGGCCACCAUGGAGGAGGCACAGCAGAAGGAGCAGGAGUUUCAGGCCAUGCUGGAGCAGCUGAAGAGACAGCAGGAGGAGGCGCAGGCGGCAGCGGCGGCGGCGGCGGCGGAGAGCGGGGAGUACAGCGGCAGAGGGGGCCUGACGGAGACCUCCUCCGAGGGGUCCAAGCUCAGCUCCAAGAGCGCCAAGGAGCGGCGAAACCGGCGCAAGAAGAGGCGGCAGAGGGAGGAGGAGGAGAAGGGCGACAACAGGAAGUUCCACAAGUCCGAGUCCGAGGACAGCAUCAAGAGGACCAGCUUCCGCUUCUCCAUCGACGGCAACAGGCUGUCCUACGAGAAGAGAUACUCGUCCCCGCACCAGUCUCUCCUCAGCGUCCGUGGAUCCCUGUUCUCCCCGCGGCGGAACAGCCGCGCCAGCAUCUUCAGCUUCCGCGGCCGGGCGAGGGACGUGGGCUCGGAGAACGACUUCGCCGACGACGAGCACAGCACCUUCGAGGACACGGACAGCCGGCGCGGCUCGCUCUUCGUGCCCCGGCGGUCGGAGCGGCGCCACAGCAACGUCAGCCAGAACAGCAUGUCGUCCCACGUGCUGCUGCCCGCCAACGGCAAGAUGCACUGCGCCGUCGACUGCAACGGCGUGGUGUCGCUGGUGGGCGGAGCCUCCGUGCCCACCUCGCCCGCCGGACUCCUUCUGCCCGAGGUGACAGUAGAUAAGCCCACUACCGAUGACAACGGCACAACCACCGAAACAGAGUUUAAGAAGAAGAGGUCUGGAUCCCAGCAGCCAUCCAUGGACUUUUUAGAAGAUCCUGUCGCUCGGCAAAGAGCGCUGAGUGUUGCGAGUAUUUUAACAAACACCAUGGAGGAACUUGAAGAAUCGCGGCAGAAGUGUCCGCCCUGCUGGUAUAAGUUUGCCAACACCUUCCUCAUCUGGGACUGUUGCCCUAUGUGGCUGAGGAUCAAAGAGAUCGUGAACAUGAUUGUCAUGGACCCGUUUGUGGACCUGGCCAUCACCAUCUGCAUUGUCCUGAACACCCUGUUCAUGGCGAUGGAGCACUACCCCAUGACGAAGGAGUUCAACGACGUGCUGUCCGUGGGGAACCUGGUGUUCACGGGUAUCUUCACAGCGGAGAUGUGUUUCAAGAUCAUCGCUCUGGAUCCUUACUAUUACUUUCAAGAAGGGUGGAAUAUAUUUGACGGGAUCAUCGUCAGCCUCAGCUUGAUGGAGCUGGGUCUGGCCAACGUGGAGGGGCUGUCCGUGCUCAGAUCAUUCAGAUUGCUGAGGGUGUUCAAGCUAGCCAAGUCCUGGCCCACCCUCAACAUGCUGAUCAAGAUCAUCGGGAACUCGGUGGGCGCCCUGGGAAACCUGACCCUGGUGCUGGCCAUCAUCGUCUUCAUCUUUGCCGUGGUGGGCAUGCAGCUGUUUGGGAAGAGCUACCGCGACUGCGUCUGCAAGAUCUCCGACGACUGCAAGCUGCCCCGCUGGCACAUGUUCGACUUCUUCCACUCCUUCCUCAUCGUGUUCCGGGUGCUGUGCGGCGAGUGGAUCGAGACCAUGUGGGACUGCAUGGAGGUGGCGGGACAGACCAUGUGCCUCAUCGUCUUUAUGAUGGUCAUGGUCAUCGGAAACCUGGUGGUGCUGAACCUGUUCCUGGCCUUGCUGCUCAGCUCCUUCAGUGCAGACAACCUGGCGGCGACGGACGACGACAGCGAGAUGAACAACCUGCAGAUCGCCGUGGGGCGGAUCCACCGCGGCAUCGACUUCAUCAAGGCAGCGCUGCGCAGCUUCUUCCAGAGCCUGUGCAUGCGGCAGAAGAAGGUGCUGGACGAGAUCAAGCCCCUGGAGGAGCUGCACAACCCCAAGGAGAACUGCAUCUCCAACCACACGGCCGCCGUGGAGAUCGCCAAGGAGCCCGACUACGGCAACGGCACCACCAGCGGCAUGGGCAGCAGCAUGGGGAAGUAUGUCAUCGACGAGAGCGACUACAUGUCCUUCAUCCACAACCCCAGCCUCACCGUCACCGUCCCCAUCGCCGUGGGUGAGUCCGACUUCGAGAACCUCAACACCGAGGACUUCAGCAGCGAGUCGUCCGACGUGGAGGGCAGCAAAGAGAAACUGGCCGACCCCCAGCUCAGCUCCUCUGAGGGAAGCACUGUGGACAUCAGACCGCCGGGAGAGGGCGGGGAGUCCGUGGAGCUGGAGCCCGAGGAGUCCCUGGACCCGGAGGCCUGCUUCACUGAAGGCUGCGUACGCAAGUUUCAGUGCUGCCAGGUGAGCAUCGACGAGGGCAAGGGGAAGAUGUGGUGGACUCUGAGGAAGACCUGCUUCAGGAUCGUGGAGCACAACUGGUUUGAGAGCUUCAUCAUCUUCAUGAUCCUGCUCAGCAGCGGGGCCCUGGCGUUUGAGGACAUCUACAUCGAGCAGAGAAAGACUGUUAAAACCGUCCUGGAGUAUGCAGACAAAGUCUUCACCUACGUCUUCAUCCUGGAGAUGCUGCUUAAAUGGGUGGCCUAUGGAUUUGUGAAAUACUUCACCAAUGCCUGGUGCUGGCUGGACUUCCUGAUUGUUGAUGUCUCUCUGGUGAGCUUGGUGGCCAAUGCCCUGGGUUACUCUGAGCUCAGUGCCAUCAAGUCCCUGAGGACCCUGCGUGCACUGAGACCUCUGAGAGCGCUGUCACGGUUCGAGGGCAUGAGGGUGGUGGUGAACGCCCUGCUGGGAGCCAUCCCUUCCAUCAUGAACGUGCUCCUGGUGUGCCUCAUCUUCUGGCUCAUCUUCAGCAUCAUGGGCGUCAACCUCUUCGCCGGGAAGUACUACUACUGCGUCAACACCACCAACGACGAGCUCUUCCCCAUCAAGGUGGUCAACAACAAGUCGGACUGCAUGGCCCUGGUCAACGACAGCGCCCGCUGGAAGAACGUCAAGAUCAACUUCGACAACGUGGGCGCCGGCUACCUGGCACUGCUACAAGUGGCAACCUUUAAAGGCUGGAUGGACAUCAUGUACGCAGCUGUGGACUCUCGUGGUUUGGAGGAGCAGCCUGAUUACGAAGUAAACCUCUACAUGUACCUCUACUUUGUCAUCUUCAUCAUCUUCGGCUCCUUCUUCACGCUGAACCUCUUCAUUGGUGUCAUCAUUGACAACUUCAACCAGCAGAAGAAAAAGUUUGGAGGUCAAGACAUCUUCAUGACUGAGGAGCAGAAGAAAUACUACAAUGCAAUGAAGAAGCUUGGAUCAAAGAAACCUCAGAAGCCUAUUCCCAGGCCAGCGAACAAGUUCCAAGGAUGUGUCUUUGACUUUAUCACAAAGCAAGCCUUCGACAUCGUCAUUAUGAUUCUCAUUUGCCUUAACAUGGUCACCAUGAUGGUGGAGACCGACGAUCAGACCGAAGACAUGGACACCAUCCUCUGGUGGAUUAACCUUGUCUUCAUCGUGCUCUUCACCGGGGAGUGUGUGCUGAAGAUGAUCUCACUUCGCCAUUACUACUUCACCAUCGGCUGGAAUGUAUUUGAUUUUGUCGUUGUCAUCCUAUCAAUCGUUGGCAUGUUCCUUUCUGAAGUGAUAGAAAAGUACUUUGUCUCACCAACCUUAUUCCGAGUGAUCCGACUCGCGAGAAUUGGUCGCAUCCUUCGCCUCAUCAAGGGCGCGAAAGGAAUCCGCACGCUCCUCUUCGCCCUGAUGAUGUCACUUCCUGCCUUGUUCAACAUCGGCCUCCUGCUCUUCCUGGUCAUGUUCAUCUAUGCUAUUUUCGGCAUGUCGAACUUCGCCUACGUCAAGCGGGAGGCCGGCAUCGAUGACAUGUUCAACUUCGAGACCUUCGGCAACAGCAUGAUCUGCCUGUUUCAGAUCACCACGUCAGCGGGCUGGGACGGUCUGCUGGCACCCAUCCUGAACAAGCGUGAGCCCGACUGCGACAGCCAGAUGGAGCACCCGGGCAGCUUCUACACCGGCAACUGCGGCAACCCGUCCGUGGGAAUCUUCUUCUUUGUUAGCUACAUCAUCAUCUGCUUCCUCAUCGUGGUCAACAUGUACAUCGCCGUCAUCCUGGAGAACUUCAGCGUGGCCACCGAGGAGAGCGCCGAGCCGCUGAGCGAGGACGACUUCGAGAUGUUCUACGAGGUGUGGGAGAAGUUCGACCCGGACGCCACGCAGUUCGUGGAGUACGACAAGCUGUCCGACUUCGCCGACGCUCUAGACCCACCGCUGCGCAUACCGAAGCCCAACAAGAUCCAGCUGAUCGCCAUGGACCUGCCCAUGGUGAGCGGGGAGCGCAUCCACUGUCUGGACAUCCUGUUCGCCUUCACCAAGCGCGUCCUGGGGGAGGGGGGCGAGAUGGACGCCCUCCGCGGGCAGAUGGAGGAACGCUUCAUGGCCUCCAACCCCUCCAAGGUGUCCUAUGAGCCCAUCACCACCACGCUCCGCCGCAAGCAGGAGGACAUGUCAGCCGUCGUCAUACAGAGGGCCUUCCGCCGAUACCUCAUCAGGCGGACUGUCAAGAAGGCCUCCGACCUGUACCGGGAGAAGGUCAAGGCCGGGGGCAAGCUGCCAGACAAGGAGGUGCUGGUCAUAGACAAGUUCCACGAGAACUCCACCUCGGAAAAAACAGAUAUGACCCCUUCCACGGCCUCCCCGCCUUCCUACGACAGCGUCACAAAGCCGGACAAAGACAAAUACGAGAAGGACAAGCGGGAGAAAGAGGACAAAGGCAAAGAUGUCAGGGAGAAUAAGAAGUAGGAGAAAUGGAAGUGAUGCAACUUAGACGUUCCUUUUAUGUGACAAAUUGUUUACAGCCUUCGAAGGGGACAUAUUUGUGUCAAGUGGACUCCUUAUUUGGUGUGGAGAUCUAUGCCAAAAUGACAGUUCUUACUUAAAUCUAAAUUCAAGGUCCGUGCCUAAAAUGAGGCAGUGACCCAUGUCAGAAGACUGUGAAGUGAAACAGUAGAGGGUAGAAUCAUGUCGUUAGACAGGGGGUUACUGUUAUUCAAACCAGCUGACACUGCUUGGAGCAAGUCAAAAUGGCAACUCUGAUUGGGACCAGACAACUUUUUUUUGAGUGUUGUUACAAUUUAAAACACUUGAGUAUACUGUAACUUCUUUUGCAGCUAGUACUACUACUGCUAUAUCCAGUGUCUUGCAUUACAACUGCCAUAUUAUUUAAUUACUUAUUUUUCUUAUAGGAUUUUUUUUUUCAAUCAUG